UUUGCUGCAGUGAAUAUCAGGAGAGUUACGUUGAAGUCGCCGAUGUAAAUUACGGGGCUAAAGUAAGAGAAUGUGGUGGAAAGCGUCCAUUUCAAGUUCUGAUCAAGAAUGGACCAGCUGUAGUCAGAUAUUACACGUGUUGCUACGAGAAUGUAUAUUUCAACGUGUCUUUCUAUAUAAUUUCGCAAAAUUUGCCAGAUUCGAGUGCAAGAGGCUGGAAUCCUACUUUAAGACAAUCCAAACCUGGUGUAGUUACCAUUGACUGGGAUCACUCCACGCUGCCAACAAAGAACUAUAUUGUUGUACCGUUGUAUAACUUUACCGUGACAAGAGAACCAUUCCUGUACAUCAUUGAACAUAGAAAUGACACAUCAAUAGCAGUGGAAGACCUUAAACCAAAUACUUUAUAUACGUUUAAGUGUAUUGCUUUUGAUUCUACGAACACAAGAGGACCCUUACUUGUAAACAGUGCAGCAACGGUCCUAACGAGAAACGACACGCUAAGGCUUAUGGGUGGAAAAUUUUCUAACGAGGGACGAAUAGAAAUAUACAAAUUUGGUUGGUGGAACAAAAUAUGUAAUUGGUGGGUUUUUUUUAAUUACGAAGCUGCAAAGGUGGUGUGUCGAUCACUGGGUCUAAGUUUUCCUACUUAUUUACUUUAUUAUGGAGUAUUUUAUGGGACGUCAUAUCCAAAGCAUUUUGUUGGAGAUUUUCGUUGUACAGGAACAGAAAACAGUCUCGAAGAAUGUUCAAGUACUGGUGCAUCAUCAAGAUGUCGUUACUACUCAAUAUUUACAGCUGCUGUGGUAUGUGGGAAUCCACCAGUUUUUCAUGAAAAUAUCACUGAGAUGGCUGGUGUUAUCACAAGCCCUGGAUAUCCAUCAUUCAUGGCGCAAGGCGAUUACCGCUGGACUUUCACACAAAAUAUGACACGUGGUCGUGUUGCUUUAUAUUUUGAGGAGUUGGAUAUUGGGCGACAUUGGGGGUCAAGUAAAGUUUCAAUCCAAGAGUCAUCAUCAUUAUCGUUCAACAAAGAGUAUAYCAACGUUWMUCGUAGUAAGCYUGGGMUGGUGAUURAUUUGUCAGRUCAACUUAGAUUCUAUUCACCCUAUACUUCAAAUCGUGAUUACAGUGGUGGCCGAGGGAUGCGAGUUCGGUUUCUUGUUUACAGCGAGCCAGAAGGAGGAGUACAUACACAUAUGAAUUGGAAACUAUUAUUAUCAAGCAACCAUUAUAACAGAAUUACUGCUAAAUGGACUCAAGUCGUCUUCACAGGCUACGAUAUCAUCGGCUUUGUGAUGUCCUGCAAUUCUACACAAGAUUGGGCAAAGGGAGUAUCGUAUGCAGUCGGUGAAAGCAAUUCAACUUCUUUAACCUGUAGUGAACUGAUUGGAUUCACCCACUAUAAUGUACGUGUAUUGGUACUGCUAAGAAUACGAGGGAAAGACAACUAUAAGAUGUACCAGAGUUUAAAGACGUCUUUAACAACUCUACAGUCAGUUCCAAGGUCUGAUCCGCCAGGACUUAAUCCUACUGAGAUCACAUCAAAUUCAGCAGCUUUUCAAUGGCAAAAAAUCCCGAGAAAAGAUGCCCAUGGUGUUCUUCUCGGGUAUAUAGUAGAUCUCUACAGUCGUUACAGUGGCAGAUAUAGGGGAGAAAUAAAAACAAGUAACACGUCUAUAGCCUUCAAGGAUCUUUCCCCUGCUAACCGAUAUUUUAUGAAAGUUAAAGGCUUCACUGCAGUUGGAUCAGGACCAAACAGCUAUUACUACUUCUCUACAAGUAAGUUUUUUUUGUAUAUAAAAUGUUUUAUGUUUUAUUGAAUAUGUCUAAUUUUAUUCCACGUUUAUUUUUCUCUCAAUUGCCCAUUAGUAUAUAGCUAU